GUUUUUUUGAUUGCUACAGUCAUGUUUUAAGAGCAAGAUUGAAAAACAAAUGAAGUAUUUUAGAGAAAAAUUGCUUUGUCCGCCAUUAUUGAAUUUUCUUUCGCGUACCCCCUGAAGGCUUUCGAGAACCCCCAGGGGUACGCGUACCCCAGGUUGAGAACCGCUGUUCUAUGCAAAAGCAUCGUUGACUACUAGGUACUGCUACAUAGUUUUAAAUCAUUAAAAUCUGACGGUAAAAAGUAAAUAAUUCCCCGUAUGGUAUCUUAUCACCUGCAUAGGACGCAAUAUAUCUUAUCUAAAAAUCGACGCAGAAACUGAAAUACCCAUAGCUUGCAAGAACGGACUGUUGAACAGUAUUUCAGGAAUCAUCGACACAUUAAUAUCUCGAAAAUGAAGACAUUUUUCGCAGCAAUUAUCACAGCAGGCUUCCUUUUGGCGGUGGUGAUGGCGGAUGUCCGCGCUGACAUAUAUUCGGAAAUGGCCAGCUGUGCGUGCCCUCUUCUAUACCAGCCAGUCUGCGGCUCGGAUGACGUGACCUAUUCCAACGGUUGUGUGCUGAAUUGUGCUAUGGCUACUGCGACCGGAACUAUGAUAGGAUUGAAAAAGAGACGCAGUGGAUCCUGUGAUGAAACGAAAUUGUUUAAUUUAAUUGAAAAAAGCGUAAUACACUUAGAGUAUGAUAGCGUUAAUAAUCUCUUGGAUUUUACCCUACUGCACUCAGUUCUGUUAUCAAUGUCAGGAGUGUGGCGAUUCGAUAAGACAAAAAAAAUGCAUCGUGUAUCAGUUUUAAUCUUGACUACAGUGAUCCUGUUGGGGUCUUUGUUGCCAACAUCAGUGGAAGGACGACUUUCCAGCGAGCGAGGAAUAUGUGCCUGUCCACGGAUCUAUAUGCCAGUCUGUGGAACCGAUCUUCAUACAUACAGCAACGAGUGCAGCUUGCGGUGUGAAGCUAACUCAGAUUUGGGAAGGGCGAAUGGACUAAAGAAGCUGCAGGAUGGAGCUUGCGAUACUUUGGCAGACAACCUGGAAGAGUUACCGGUGGAGUACUGAGUACAAGCGCCGUAAUUGAGAUGUAGAAGGUGUUUAUAAGCAUACAUAUGUAUUUGAAAGGUGUAAAUUCGAUGACUAAUGAGAUACUUAAUUGGAAAUUUGCCUUAAAAAAAAUAAAAAUUAUUACUAUCACCAGA